GUACUGCGCGGUGGGCAAUUGCUCGAACCGAAGUGGCCAGUUAUCGUCCGAUCAUCAGAAGCUCGGCUUCUACCCGUAAGUAUAGGGUCCCGGAACGUCGUAGCCGGCUCCAGUACUGUGAAUAGCUGUGCUGAUGUUUAUAAUAGGUAAAGGGUCAGGAACUCCGUUAAGGUUUAUGACGCAAAUAUCAACCUUGUUCUAAGUCUGAACGUUUUUAAUAUUGCUGCAAAUUCAGUACAUCUGACUGGAAUCAUUCCAUCCCACAUGGAUGACAACUUAUACCUAAACGUGAAUACGCUGUGGUAUUGUUGGCAAGCCUCCCAAGGACCACAGCCUUGUGUUUUGGAAUCUCAAUGACCCGGAGAGCUCUGUCGGCUGAAGUCAGGACUCUUAGACGGGUCACCCAUACCAAAAAGGUCAAAGGGCAGAGGCCAGACUAAGAAAGGUCCGCUGGUCCUACAGGUUCGGGGGUUCAGCUCAGGGCUAACGACCCAGACUUAACGGAACAUUUGAGUAUGACAGUACUCCUCGGUCUCUACUCGGAACAUGCAUGAUUGGCAGUGGUGAAAAUCGGGAGGAAGCUACUGACGCGAUGAAGGAAGCCCUGAAUACCGCAAGAGAUGGAGGACCUUCAUUGCUGCCCUAAAUACCAGCGGCAUAAUGGACAGUUUCCACUCCAAAACAAAGAAAGACUUAGCAAAUGGAUCAAAAAUAUGAAGAGAGAGAACUGGUUCCCUACUAAGCAUCAGUGCAUUUGUAGUGACCAUUUUACUGCAGAUUCAUUUGAAUGGCGCUGGGGUAUACGCUAUUUGAAGACACAUGCUAUACCAACUCUUUUCUCAUUUCCAACUCAUCAACAGGAUAAGAAGAAAAAUAUUCGUCGUAUUCGUAGAAAAAGUAUUUCACGUAAGGGAACAUCAAAAACAAAACUGGAAAUAUUUGGUCCGGCUGCGUCAACUGAUAUCAAAAGUGAAAGCCUAGAGUUACCACUUGCUAGUGCACACUACGUUGAGCAAGCUGAAGGGAAUGCAGGUACUAACACUGCACCAACUCUGGUCAAUGAAAAUCUGGAAUUUGUUGUUCAAGACUUACCAAUUGAGCCCUUCACAAUUAUAUACGAGGUUGAAAUGAAGCAAUUGUUGAACAAUACGCUGCCUGUAGACACUGAGGUUCUACAUGUUGAUCAUUCAUAUUGUAGACAAAAUACUGACAAAGCCCAACUGUGGGAAAAAAUUUCCAGAUUACGGAAGAAGAUAAAAAAACUCAAGCAACAAGAACGGAGGACUACAGCAGAGCUUAACAGAAUGGAAAAACUGAUUCAGCAGCUGAAACAAGAGAAUCUUAUUUCUGAAGUGAAAAUGAAGGUUAUGGAAAAUUGUUUUACAGAAUUUGAAUUAAACAUUUUACAAUAAAUGUAUUAAAUGAUGAUAUUAGAAAUGUCUGUUUUAAAAAUAUUUUUGGAGAGCAAAUGAUUUAGUCAGAUAAUCCAGCACUUUUUAUUACAGUUUUUGGAAAAGUAUUAGAAUUUACUUUAGUUAGAUUCACUGCAUUGCUCAUUUAGAAAUUUGGUUAUUCAUUUACUGAGUAACCAACAAUAAAUACACUAAGGACCUGUAAUGCUAACAAGAUGUUCAGAUUAUUUUCAAGUAGAACACAUCAAUUGUGUUACUGUCAACUGUUUGCAAACAAAGCAGAUAGUCUGUACGAGAGUUCAGCUUGGUUUCUUCCAGUUGUCAGGUUCAUUGUAUGUAUUCUUGGUAAUUUUUAAAUAUUUUUUCUCAUAGUCUUUUUUCAAUUUCAUCCAUAAAUGUAAUUCCAUUGUAUUCUUUUUAGAGUGACUUUUACAUUUCAAUACAAGAAGUUCUGAUAGCAGUUGUAUGAUAUCCAUAAGUCCUUGUACUAGUUGGCCAUGCUUGAUUGGCAUUCCUAAAGUCAUAAGAAAUCCUCAUUGACUCCAUAAGUUCCCAAAAUCACGAAUAACUCCAAAAGCAUAUCAGACAUUAAUGUGGAUAUUAGUUGAUCUUCCUUCUGCCAACUUAAAAGCUUCAAUCAAAGCUUUUAGUUUUGUCUGUUGUACAGAGGUACCAGGAGCCAUGUUUCCUGAUGCCAGCACUGCAGUUCUAGAAACAACCAUUCAAAUUCCCCUCUCACUCAUUGAUAAGGCAUUAGUGUAUGUCAUUCUCCAUGCUCUUGAACUAAUACUGAUAUUAUGUGUUUCUCAUUAACGUACAGAGUAAAUGGUUUACCUGUAUCAGGUAUUCUUAAUACAGACGAUUCUUAAUGUCACCUUUAAAGUUUGAAACACUUUCAAUUGUUCUUCAUGAAGAGUCACAGGGUCAUCCGAGCACUUACUGCCUUUCAGCAAUAGUCAAUGGACCUGCCACUAGCUUGUCAAUACAAUGAUUAACAAUUGUUUUUAUCUUCAGUACUGUGUAUCUUCACUCCCUUGGUCUUCAUUGGAGCAAGCUGACAUAGCUGUCAAUCUUAUUGUUUCAUCACUGUCAUUCUCACGUGAGUCACUAGGGGGCUGCUGUAGCGUCCACAUCAUCCUGUAAUUCUUUGGAGGUCAGAUGGUAUUGCUGUUCCCAGAGUCUGUCUGAUUUAGCCUGUAAUUCUCCAAAGUUUGGAUGGUGGUAGUAUCUCUGGAGACUGUUCAAUGUGAGCUAUAAUUCCUCAGGCAGAGCUUCAAAAGUAGUUGUUUCCCAGGGCAGAGUACCAGCAGUAGCAUCACUAGCAGUGUCACUCACAGGACUGCCCCCUUGAAGUCUCUGCUGUGCUUUCUAUAAACAAUGCACUUCAGUUGAAUUACCCAUGUUAUAUUUUCACUUGUUCAAUUAAUGCAGAGAUUUACUAUUUAGACUUUUUACUGUCUCUAUCAUGCUGCUUUCUUAGUUUUUCACUUUUCACGUUCCUUUUGAUUGGUCAAAGACUUCACUCAACCCAGUAAACCUUUUAGUUGCUCACACAUUCAAUCAAACUGACCAGUCUUAUCUAUAAACCAGUAGCAGGCAUUUUCUGGAUCUUAAUGCAUGUCUUCUUAUCCUUAAUAAACUUAACACUGUUGGUA